AUGUCGACUACUUCCACCGAGUCAACUGCGGCCAGUCCGUCGAAAGCAUUCUUCAGACAACCAUUCUAUUCCCAGGAUGGCAAGACGAGAUUACCGCAAUUCACCGCCCAUCGCGGCUUCAACAAGAUAUACCCCGAGAAUACCUUGGAGGCUUUCCAGGCGGCAAUUGAUGUUGGCUGUCAUGGGCUGGAGACGGAUGUACAGAUUUCCAGAGAUGGUGUUGUUGUUAUUUCUCAUGACCCAACGCUCAUCCGAUGUUUCGGGAUUAAUAAGAAAAUCAAUGAAUGCGACUGGGAGUAUCUGAGUACACUGGAAACGAUACGCGAGCCUCGAGGAAAGAUGCUCCGGUUAAGUGAUUUUUUGGAGUUCGUCAGCUCCAAGGGCAGGGACCAUGUUUGGGUUUUACUUGAUAUCAAGAGAAAUAACCCUGCCAAAGUAAUCGUUAAGAAGAUCGCAGAAACUCUCACAUCCGGUCCAUACUCUUCACAGCCAUGGAAUCUCCGCAUCGUUCUAGGGUGCUGGAAUUCCAGCUACCUCGCCGUCUGCAAAGAAUAUCUCCCAACCUUCCAAACCGUCCUGAUCGGGUUCGACGUUGUCGCAGCCAGAAAGGUUCUCCGCACUUUCCCCGAAGUCUCCUUCAACCUUAACUUUAAAUCCGUCAAGAGUCCGCUGGGUUACGGCUUCAUUGACGCCGUACACCGCAACAAAGCCUAUAAGGAAAGCAAUAAAGGGAGAUUCAUAUACGGCUGGACAUUCAAUACACCCCGCGACAUCCGCUGGGCAAUUAGAAAGAACUUCGAUGCGGUUUUGACAGAUGAUCCAGCCUUGUUCAAACAAAUCAGCGAUGUCUGGGAUGACGAAUACUCAAAACGCCACGAAAAAGAAGAUAACAAAGUCACCUUGAGGGAGAGACUGUUUUUGACGCUUUGGGGAUUGUGGUUUGUGUUUUUUGGCUGGGUGUUUCCGCUUGUCUAUCCUUAUUUGCAGCGGUUUUUGGUCGCAAAGCCUGCUGUGAAGACCAACGUUAAGGAGAGCUCGGCAAGCACCCGAUAA